AUGAAAAAUAAGUCCUGGAGAGAGUUCUACUACAGUCCCACCACCUCCGCUACAAUUGCAUUCGCAGUGCUGUUUGGAGUGUGUCUUGGAGUCCAAACUCUUCGCAUUGUCCAGAUAUGGAGAUCUCAAUUUCCUUCCCGAAUGCCUCGACGGUCUGCCUCGUUGAUGAUGGUGCCUUUUGCUAUCGGCACGGCCUGUGAGAUGGCAGGCUACAUAGGGCGCUGCUUUGCCAUAAAAAAUCAGACCCAUCUGGGUGCCUAUAUUGAGCAGAUGCUCAUGCUAAUCAUUGCUCCACCGUUUCUUGCAGCUUCAAUUUACAUGAUUUUUGGUCGGCUGGUUGUCCAACUUGGGGCUAACGAACUAUGCCCUGUGCCUCGCAAGUAUCUCACUACUAUAUUUGUGAGCGGUGAUAUUGCUUCUAUAGUGGUCCAGGGAAUUGGUGGCGGUAUGAUGUCUGGUACGGAUCUAGAUAGAGUCCGAGUGGGCCAAAAGGUUGUGGUAGUGGGACUUUUCAUCCAGAUCGUCUUCUUCCUGCUGUUUGUAUAUGCAGAGACACGAUUGUUUUUCCGAUUGCGUUCCACUCCCACCAAUGUGGCUUUCAAGACCAGACAUUAUCCAGGCAGAUUUCACAACUGGCAUGCCACUCUGAUAUCAAUGUUUGCGGUUUCGAUGCUUAUUUUGGUGCGGUCUGUAUACCGUGUGGUAGAGUUCAUCCAGGGCUUCAGUGGUUACAUAUCAUCACACGAGUGGUAUUUAUUUGUGUUUGACUCGAGCUUGAUGUUUCUUGUGGUGAUCACAAUGAUGUACCAGGAUGUGGCUAUUGUUCUUCUUCGUACAGCUGAGCCAGCUGAGGUUUCUGAGCCAGGAGAAGAGUACAAAAGGUCGGAGGUCAUUGGAGAGACAUUUGAGGUAUUAUGA